GUCAAUGGCCGGGAACGGUAAAUACAAGCCUGACUUUGUGGACAUUAAUUAAUCGCUCGGAUAAAGACAGUAAUGGAUCGCAAUUAGAGGUGAAACACAACGACAAUCAUAAGUAUUAUGAUCUAUGGCACGGAAUUGAGCUAGGUCCUGAGAUUGGUAAUGGAACGGCAACAUUAAAAUUUGCGAUCGAGAAACAUGGUUUUGGUGCCAUUUUGAGUGGUAUUGAAAGUGAUUUACCCGAAAAUUUUGUGCAAUUUAUGGCAACAAUGAAACAAUACUCUGAACGCACACUCGAGUCGUAUUCCGCAGCAAAUAUCGUCACAAAGCAAACAAUGGUUACGAUUGAAAGGUCUAAACAAUAUACAAGUACUCCGCCAGAUGCGGCAAAUUAUACAUUCGUCGUGAGUGGUACUGAGAUUGAAGGCGAGAAUGAGCAAGGUGAUGACGUACAGUAUCCGUGGGAAGGGGAACCAACGCGACACCAUAAACACGUGAUUGACAUCAAGAAAUUUUACCUGGAUAAAACGCCA